AGACACACCGAACUCACACCACAGCUGAGGUUUGAAUGUUUGAUUGUUUAUUUUGCAGUGUUGGUUAGAAUGCUGGAAUUUUGAUGUUGUGGGUGGCUUCAGUUGCUCUGUAGUGCACUAGUGCAUACACAACUACGCAUACAUCGUCUCUCCUUGUCGUCAAUUUACAAAUUGUGCCACAAAAUGAAUGCAGCCGACGAUGAUGGCAACCAUGAGUUUGUCAUUGAUGAGUGUGACAUUCUGGAUGAAGUUUCCAUAGACGACGAAGACCUUCCAGAUGCUUAUGAUGACCAAUAUUCUGAUUCCGAACAUUCCGUUGACGUCGAGGAUUCUGUGCAUACAUUCAUUCGUCAUAAUGAGGAGUUGUACUCAGCUGCAUGCAGACCAAGCGAUUCAACAGAGCACAAGAUUCGGGAGUUGUACUCAGCUGCUUGCAGCCCAAGCGAUGCAACAUUGGUGGCAACAGGGGGUCAAGAUGACAGAGGAUUUCUCUGGAAUAUUGGCAAUGAAGUUUGGUAUUCUGAGCUAAAGGGUCAUAAGGAUUCUGUAUCUAGUUUAGCUUUUAGCCACGAUGGACAGUUUCUUGCUUCGGGAUGUUUAGGUGGAAUUGUUCAAGUAUGGGAUGUUUUGGGAAAUCUGAAAGGCACACUGGAGGGUCCUAGAGGGGGAAUUGAGUGGCUUAGAUGGCAUCCGAGAGGACACAUACUCUUAGCUGGUUCAGAGGAUUCCACUGUUUGGAUGUGGAAUGCUGAAAGAGCUGCUUUUGCUAAUAUGUUUGUUGGUCAUGGUGCUAGUGUGACCUGUGGUGAUUUUACUCCUGAUGGGAAAAUAAUAUGUACCGGUUCAGAGGACGCAACUUUGAGAAUCUCUUCUCUUCAGCGUGCUUCUUUGGCUUUUAUCUUUACUUAGCCUUGUAAACUAUGAUUUACAGGACACCCGUAUCAUGCUGAGGGACUAACAUGCUUGUCAAUAAGUUCAUCAUCAACCCUUGCCCUUACCGGUUCCGGUGCCAAUCCCGAUUCCAGUUCCAAGUAUGGAUCUGGAUCUGCUCAUAUUGUGAAUAUCUCUACUGGGAAGGUUAUUAAUACCCCGAUUUCUCAUUCAGGGUCCAUUGAAUGUGUUGGCUUUUCACCAAGUGAUUCCUGGGCUGCAAUUGGGGGAUUGGAUAAAAAACUUGUCAUCUGGGAUGUAGAACAUUCCUUAUCCCGUUCCACUUGUAACCAUGAGGGUGGAGUGACAUGUUUGGCGUGGCUUGAUGCUUCGAAUUUGGCCACUGGAUGCUCGGAUGGAAAUGUAAGAUUAUGGGACAGCCGGUCCGGUGAAUGCACAACCACAUUCCGGGGGCAUUCAAAUGCCAUUUAUGCUCUCUGUGUGUCUGCUGAUAACAAGUACCUUGUUUCGGCUUCAUACGAUGGAACAGCUCGUGUCUUUGAGCUUGGCAGUUAGUAGUAAUCAUCAAGCAAAUCCCCCUCUCGGCCAGCCUGCCCGUUUAUUUGUUGGGGCGGGAUUUAUUUUAAAGGAAAGAUUUUUACUUAUUAUUGUUUAUGGUAGGAGUUAAAAGUCGUUGCUUAAAUUAAAUAUUUACAGUUGUGUAGCCUAUGGUUUGAAAAAGCUACCAGUUCAAAAGAUAAAGGAAUGCAAUCCUAAAAUUUUGGAGUUCAA